GAAGAAGACAGAGACAGGCUGGGAAUGAAUCAGCGGUCACUGCUACCUGAGAGAUCGGAAAUAAAGGAAAUCAUGGAAGCCUGACCGGCCGCCCGUCGACCUCAGUACAUCGACUCUCCAUUUGCUCCGGUUUCUGUAAACGGGCAGUUGGGCAGCUUUAGACGGAGAGUUGGACCAUCCUGAGCUGAGGAAUGAACAACAUGACUGUAGCCAAUGCAAAUUUGGGUUCAGCAGCUAUGCAGCAGGUUCUUGACAACCUUAAAGACAUCCCAUCAGGAACUGCAGCCAAAGAUAUUGACCUCAUCUUCCUCAAAGGAAUCAUGGAGAGCCCCAUCGUCCUUUCUCUUGCUAAGGCCCACGAGCGUCUGGAGGAAGUCAAGCUCGAAGCGGUGGGGGACGACAACGUUCAGCUGGUCACAGAGAUCUUGGAUUCUCUCAACAACCUCGGAGAACAAGACCCGGCCGCCGUUGAGCUCGCCAGAAUCCUGCAGGAGCCUCAUUUCAGGUCUUUAAUAGAAGCUCAUGACAGAGUGGCUGUUAAAUCCUACGAAGUGCACAACGCCUCGGCUAACAGCAACCUUUCGCCAAGUUCCCUGAUGCCGGCUGAUGCUGUGAGGGUGAUCGGUAUUCAGAAAAAGGCCGGGGAGCCUUUGGGAGUUACAUUCCGCGUGGUUAACCAGGAGAUGGUGAUCACGCGGAUCCUGCAUGGCAGCUCCAUCGAUAGACAGGGCAUGCUGCACACGGGGGACAUCAUCCAAGAGGUCAACGGUCAGGCAGUGGGCAGCAACCCCCAGGAGCUCCAGGAGAUCCUGAAAAACUGCAGUGGGAGCGUCACACUCAAGGUCCUGCCCAGCUACAGAGACACGCCGGCACCCCCACAGGUUUAUUUGAAGCCAUACUUUAGCUACAACCCUGCCACAGAUAACCUGAUCCCCUGUAAAGAGGCAGGCCUGGCCUUUGCCAAAGGAGACAUACUUCAUGUGGUCAAUAAGGAAGACCCCAACUGGUGGCAGGCACGCAAAGUUGUUGGUGGAGCCACUGGCCUGAUUCCUAGUCAGGUCUUGGAGGAGAAGAGGAAAGCUUUUGUGAGGAGAGACUGGGACACCGCUGGUACAGGAAUGCUCUGUGGGACUCUGACCUCGAAGAAAAAGAAGAAGAAAAUGAUGUACCUCACUUCAAAGAACGCAGAGUUUGACCGUUAUGAGCUGCAGAUCUACGAGGAAGUCGCUAAGAUGCCCCCAUUUCGAAGGAAAACGCUAGUUCUGAUUGGAGCCCAGGGGGUGGGAAGGAGGAGUCUGAAGAACCGCCUUGUAGUCAUGAAUCCUCUUAGAUAUGGAGCCACUGUGCCCUUCACGUCGCGCCAUCCCAGAGAAGAGGAGAAAGACGGACAAAACUAUUGUUUCGUGACUCGGGAAGAGAUGGAGCGGGACAUCAAGGAGAGCAGAUACCUGGAGCACGGAGAGUACGACUGGAACCUCUACGGCACCAAGAUUGACUCCAUCCACGAGGUGGUGCGGGCUGGCCGCACAUGCAUCCUGGACGUGAACCCACAGGCCCUAAAAGUGUUGAGGACUGCGGAGUUCAUGCCGUUCGUGGUUUUUAUUGCUGCUCCUGAGCUGGACACACUAAGAGAAAUGCACAAAGCUGUGGUCGAUGCUGGCCUCACUACCAAAAUACUCACGGAGAACGAUUUGAAGAAGACCAUAGAUGAGAGCGCCAGGAUCCGUCGGGCGUACAGCCACUACUUUGACCUGAUUAUAGUCAAUGACAAUCUGGACAAGGCAUUCGACAAGCUUCAAGACACCGUGGAGCGAUUAUUUGUGGAGCCGCAGUGGGUUCCAGUCAGCUGGGUCUACUGAAUUUCCUCCUCCUCCUCCUGGACCGACACCGGCCGAGCUGCAGGCCUUGAAUUAAAAACUUGUUUUUUAACACUUUGCUGCACACAGGAAUUAUGGGACGUCAACCUUGUGGUACAAAGCUGCAUCAGUCACCUUAAAUCUGAUUCGCCAGUUUUCUUUUCCAGUAAACUAUGCAACUGUAUAAAAAAAUAACGGACACACAGGAAGUGUACUUAUUUAGUGACAAUUAUGUUUGUUUUAGAGGAUAUUUGUAUUUAUGCGGAAGAGGCUUUUAAUCAGCUUUAAGUUUGCAGACAGUCACAUCUGUAAAGGAAAGUUUUAUUUAUUCUGCUGAAAUGAGUGCUCUGUCAGAGAACAGGAUGUGAUACCUCAGUGUUAAGUUUACAGUCUACAAGUCAUAACUACAAAUGCACUAAUUCAUCAUGUUUCUGUGACUUAGAUCUACUGACUGAUAAAUGUAAUUACAUUAUUUCAGGUCAGCCUUCUGUCUGAAAACUCUCCCUCUGACCACCAUUUUUAGUUAAACAGAGCAAAGCAAUACUGUGGUGUUCACUGGAACACAAAAAACUACUGUUUAUGAUGCUACGUGUUCUGCAGGUAGAGGGUUUAAAGUUUUGGACUCUCACACUAGUGGAUUUGGUGCCAUUUGUGCUGAAAAGAUUAUAAAAAACUAACUCACCCAGUGCUCAUGAAGAGGUUUCUUCAUCUCAGCAAACUAUCCCUUUAGAUGUGAUAAUAAAAAGACUUAACAGUUUUAAUUAUUAUUCAGAUUUACUUAUAAAAGAUAUAUUUUACAAGAUCUAAGAUUAUGUAUUUUCAGAUGUUUAAUAAAGUAACAGGUGUUUUCUAAUGA